GAAGACAUUUCUCUGACUUUCUUAACUUCUCAGUCAAACAGCAAAGUUGGAGGAUUUGAAGAUGCCAGCGACUGGAAACGGACACAUCAACGGAGAAACUACAGGAAGCGUUUUCAGUGAUACACAGCGCACACCGGAACUCACUCCGGUAGGCAGAAUUUUUCCACCUACGCCGCUCGAGUGCCCCGGCAAAUUUAACAAGCGCAACCCCAGAGACAAUUAUCUUCGAAGCAUGAUGGUUAACUGAGUUUUUUUCGGAAGGUAGGCGUCAGAAUGCGAGCGUAAUCUUUCAUCACCAAACGGACAUACCGGUACACAAAUGCGCCACAUUUAUGACAACAGGAACACAUAUUUUUUACAUUUUGUUAUAGAUUAAACCAGUUAGGGGUUCCUGUCAUGUUUCAGGAAUGUGUCCUUUCUGGUUUAAUGUCUCAAAGUGGGAAAAAGGUUCUGCACAUUGACAGGAAUCCUUACUAUGGAGGAGAGAGCGCGUCCAUUUCUCCCCUGGAGGAGCUGUACAAGAAGUUUAAGGUUCCAGGUCCUGCCAAGUCUUUGGGCCGUGGAAAAGAGUGGAAUGUUGACCUUGUCCCCAAAUUCUUUCUUGCCAAUGAUCAGCUGGUGAAAAUCUUGGUGCACACUGAAGUUACUCGGUAUAUGGACUUCAAAAUUGUUGAAGGCAGCUACGUAUACAAAACAGGCAAAGUGCACAAAGUCCCCGGCACAGAGGAAGAAGCCCAUGCUUCAGAUCUGAUGGGCAUGUUUGACAAGAGGAGGUUCAGGAAGCUGCUGCUCUUUGCCAUGAACUUUGACGUGAGGAACCCUCGGACCUACCAGGACAUAGAUCCUAACAAAACGACCACACGGGACCUGUUCUGCCGCUUUGACCUGGGACUAGAUGUUAUGGAGUUCACAGGUCAUGCCAUAGCCUUACACAGCAGCGAGAGUUACCUGGACCAGCCAUGUUUGGAGACCAUCAGAAGGAUCAAGCUGUACUGUGAGUCUCUGUCCCGCCACAACACCAGUCCAUACCUCUACCCUGUGUAUGGACUGAGCGAACUACCACAGGGAUUUGCCAGACUGAGUGCAGAGUACGGAGGGACCUUCCUGCUGAACAGAUCCGUGGAUGAGAUUGUGAUGGACAACGGCAGAGUCACAGCUGUGAAAUCUGAGGGGAAGCUGUUCCACUGUAAACAGCUCAUCUGCGACCCCAGCUACGUCCCUAACCGAGUGAGGAAAGUCGGGCGUGUGAUAAGAGUCAUCUGUUUAUUAAAUCAUCCGGUCAAAAACACCCACGAGGCAAACUCCUGUCAAAUCAUCAUCCCUCAAACACAACUCAACAGGAAAUCAGACAUUUACAUUACUGUAGUGUCCCACGUCCACAAUGUGGCCUCAGAUGGGGUGUACAUCGCCACAGUGAGCACAACUGCAGAAACCAGCAACCCAGAGAAAGAAGUUCAGCCGGGCCUGGAGCUUCUCGAGCCCAUCAUGCAAAAAUUUGUUUCAGUCCGCAACCUGCUGGUUCCCAAUGAAGAUGGAAAAAAGAGUCAGAUCUUUGUGUCCCGCUCGUAUGAUGCAACAAACCAUUUUGAGUCGGAGUGUGAGGACAUCAAAGACAUGUAUCGCCGGAUCACUGGCGCAGAGCUCUGCUUUGGAGGAUCACAGAGACACCAGUCUCACAACUCUGAUGAUGGCUGAGAAAGAUUUUCAUUGUUAGGGCCAGCUGGGAGGCCAAAAUAACACAAUGGAUGAUUAUACCACUGCACAGCUGUAACGCAGAGGGUGUUAUGUAGCAGGUAGAGUGAACUACGUAAAUGUUGCAUGUCUUUUUGUGUCCUCUAAAUUGUUUGCUAUCAUAUCUCCCUUUUGUGAAUUUCUGUAAAGCAUGACGCUGCUCAGUAAAACGUCUUUUUCUUUUGUC